GGAAGCGUGGAGAGGCCCCGCCUCCCGCCGGGGGUUCACGCGCGGGGCGAGGAGCGGCGCGCAUGGAGGGCUCCGGGGACGAGGAGUCGGAGGCCGAGGGGCCGCUGCAGCGCCUGGUGAAACGGCAGCGCAAGGAGAAGCGGGAGCUGCAGGCAAAAAUUCAAGGAAUGAAAAAUGCUGUUCCCAAGAAUGAUAAAAAGAGACGAAAACAGCUAGCUGAUGAAGUUGCCAAACUAGAGGCAGAACUUGAACAGAAGCACAAGGAGGAAUUAAAGCAGCUGAAGGAAGAUUCACCUGAGGAGAAUAAGACAGAUUCUGUAGCUGAUGGGGUUGCAAAUUUAGAGCUUGAAGGAGCAGAGCAACGAAUUCAGCAUCCUCGAAUAUCAAAGGCACAGAAGAGGCGGGAAAAGAAAGCUGCCUUGGAGAAAGAAAGAGAAGAGAGGAUAGCUGAAGCUGAGAUAGAAAAUUUAACAGGUGCUAGACAUCUUGAAAGUCAGAAACUUGCCUCCCUGUUGGCAGCAAGGCACUUAGAGAUUAAACAGAUACCUUCAGAUGGCCAUUGCAUGUACAGAGCUAUUGAAGAUCAGCUCAAGGAUCGCCAAAAUUCUUGGACUGUUACAACUCUGAGGAACCAAACAGCAAAGUAUAUGCAAAGUCAUUUCGAUGACUUCCUGCCAUUUCUUACAAACCCUAAUACUGGAGACAUGUAUAGCAGAGAGGAAUUUGAAAAGUACUGUGAUGAUAUAGUAAAUACAGCUGCAUGGGGUGGUCAGCUGGAACUAAGAGCUUUGUCACACAUUUUGCAAACACCUAUUGAAGUAGUGCAAAUGGAUUCCCCUCCCAUAAUUGUUGGUGAAGAAUAUUCAGGCAAACCAAUAAUACUUGUGUACAUGAGACAUGCCUACGGAUUAGGAGAACAUUACAAUUCUGUAAAACUUCUAACAGAUGCCACUACAGAAAAUGGCAGCUAGCAUACAAAAGUCAUAAUUCCACGUGGAUAAGUGUUGGGCUCCAGACAGACUGGAAAGUAAAAAACUAAAUGGAGUGGUUUAUAAAUGAAAAAAAGACAUACAAGUUUUGACUAUAAAUCAGAAAUUGCUCUUAAUUUAAAACAGAACCAAACUAAACCCACGCAGCGCUACUUUGAACUUAUUGAUAUUGUUCAUGUUUAGAAGAUCUUCUCUAAAAUACUGGCUGCGUAGAUCGGAAUCUUUUUUUUUUUUCAAUAGAGCUUCAUCCCAUGCUGCAGUGAAAAUAGUCAUUAAUGUUUUGGUGAAUCAGCAUUUUUGCUGAAGAAUUAAGAUUACCUAAAAGUUCCUGCUACAUUUUUUUUCUGGCAGAUUGUGAUGUCCAUGUGAGAGUUAAGGCAUUUAAAAUAAUUGGUUUUAUUUUGGUUGUUGGAAUACAACAUAUAUAUAGUUGUUUCUUCAGUUUUGUCAGGAUGUAGCUUUAAUGCUGUAGUAGGGAUCCCCUUUAUUUGGGCACAGAAGAGCGGGAGGCAAACCCAGUACUAGAGUAUCUUGCAUGGCUGAAGGAACUGCACAAUUGUUUUAUUUUCAUAGGAUCACAGAAUGCCACGUUGGAAGAGACCUCAAGGAUGUUUACGAAGGUUUGAGGACUUCAGUUUGGUGGUUUUUUUUUUUUUUUUUUGCGGUUGGCAAGAUCUGAAUGUUCAGUGCUGUUCCUAGUACUGAAUCUAUAGGAAGGAACAGUGUUGUUUAUGGACAUACACUGUAAAAUCUGUGCAUCCUUUGUAUUCCUUCAUUUGUGCGUUUUGGUAACACAGAAAUUUUACAAAUAGCUCCUCAAUGUCCUCACUCCAGGAAGUGAAACUGAUCUGAAUUCCUCCUUUAUGGAUCUGCUGAUCUAAGGACUUCGUGAUCCGAAGUGUGAUGCUUUAUAAUGCUUAAACCAGCUGGUUGCAUAUGGAUGUACAAAUAACCACCUUAGGUUUUCUCAGUAACUUUAAAGGUGAUCUGCAGAAGAAUCAAGUUUAUUUCUAUUGCGUUUAACGAUGCAUAGAGACUUCAAAGGCGGUGUUGUUUUAAUAUGACUUGGCUGUUACAUUACAAAUGUAGAUUUUUGUCUAAGCACUGUAAAUGUGGCUCCAAAAUAAGCAGCAUACUGAAACCAAAGUUAUAAAGCAAUUGUAUUUUAACAAUUGAAGUGAUGGGGGUUUUUUAAAAAUAAAAAAAAAAAUAAAAA